CUGCCCGGGCGCUCCGUGGCGGCCCCGCGCCCUCCCGGCGCCAUGCGGGCCUGCGGGGCCGGGCCGGGCUGAGCGCGGCCACACGGGAGGGAGCGGCGGCUCCGGGCACCGGGCACGGGGCCGAGCCCCGGGGCGGGCCGUGAGGAGGCCGGGGCAGCCCCGUCCCGCCCCGUCCCGGCUCCCCGCUCCCCCCCCCCCGCUGCCCCGGUUCCAGGCCGGUUGCCCCGUCCCGACGAUGCCGUCCAACAAAUCCGUGUCGGACGCGCCCAUCGCGCAGUUCACCAACUGCCGCAUCCUGCGGGACCGCCGGCUGCAGCGGGAGGACCUGUGGGUGCGGGAGGGGAAGAUCCUCAACCCGGAGAAGCUCUUCUUCGACGAGAAGGGCUCGGCCGACGUCCAGCUGGACUGCAAGGGCAGCAUCAUCGCCCCCGGCUUCAUCGACGUGCAGAUCAACGGAGGCUUUGGAGUGGACUUCUCCCUGGCUACAGAUGACUUCAAAUCAGGGAUUGACCUGGUCAGUCAGAAAAUACUCUCCCAUGGAGUGACCUCCUUCUGUCCCACUUUGGUGACUUCUCCUCCAUCUGUGUACCACCAGGUUCUCCCUCAGAUCAAUGUAAGAAACGGUGGAGCCCAUGGAGCAGGUAUCCUGGGGGCCCACCUGGAAGGACCGUUCAUCAGCAAGGAGAAGAAGGGGGCACACCCAGAGCACUGCAUCCGCACCUUCGAGGCAGGUGCCUUCCAGGACCUGCUGGCCACCUACGGGUCCCUGGACUGUGUCCGGAUCGUCACCCUGGCCCCGGAGAUCAAGAGGAGCAGCGAGGUGAUCCGCGAGCUCACCAAGCGGGGCAUCUGCGUCUCACUCGGUCACUCGGUGGCAAAUCUUUCGCAGGCUGAGGAGGCCGUGCAGCACGGUGCUACCUUCAUCACGCACCUCUUCAAUGCCAUGUUGCCGUUCCACCAUCGUGACCCUGGCAUCGUGGGUCUGCUGACGAGUGACAAGAUUCCUGCUGGCCGGAGGGUCUUCUAUGGCAUGAUCUCUGACGGCAUCCACACCAACCCUGCUGCCCUGCGCAUCGCCCACCGAGCCCACCCCUCGGGCCUGGUGCUGGUGACGGAUGCUAUCGCUGGCAUGGGGCUGGCACCAGGUCGGCACACCCUGGGCCAGCAGGUGGUGGAGAUCGAUGGGCUGAACACCUACAUUGCAGGCACGAAGACCCUGAGCGGUAGCGUAGCGACCAUGGACGCGUGUGUGCGACACUUCCUAGAAGCCACAGGGUGCUCAGUAGAGACUGCACUGGAGGCGGCAUCUCUGCAUCCCGCCCAGCUCCUGGGGAUUGAGCACAAAAAGGGGACCCUGGAUUACGACUCUGAUGCAGAUUUCCUGAUGCUGAAUGACAGCCUGUAUGUGCAAGCCACGUACAUUGCAGGCGAGGAAGUCUGGAGACAGGAUGCGUUAGGCAUGUGAUGCUGGGCUGUCCUGGUGCCCUCCCGAGGCUCCCUGGCACUGUGAUUAGCAGCUUUGGUAACCCCUCCCUCCCCCCCCACUUCUCUUUUUUUUUUUUUUCCUUCCUUCCUUCCUGCAACUCCCCUAAAGGAGCCUCAUACCAAAGAGCUGUGUUUUCCAGCACAACCACUGCUUCCAGAGUUACAGCCAUGCCUGCAACAAAUUUGUUGGUGCUCAGCUGGUGGAGUGGGGAGAGCAGGCAGGUCUGUGCCAGGAGGGAUUGUUGGUCCCUGGAGUGACCUGAAGGACUGCACAGCUGUCCUGUGUGGAGUCCCCAGACAGAGGUGCUCCUAUCGCUGUCUUACAGUGGUGUGAAGCUGUCCCAGCCUUUGCACUGUUUUAUACAGCACACACUAACCUGCCUGUGCCCCAGGCAGGCUCAAGCCAUGUUCAUGCCUCUCCAUGCCGUUUGCCUUGCUCCUGGGCAGCUGUAGCUGGCUGGCUGGCAGUGCCUGACCAGCUGAGCUCACAGCUCUUCAUGUCAGAAGGUUGCUGUUGCCUCAGCAGAAGCUGAGGACCACAUUCUGAUCCACUGGCACUGAUCCUGCGUUGUGCAUCUUCUGGAGCAAGGCUGCCGCAGCUCGCUGACUGGUGCUGUUGUAGGGCUGUCCCUCAGUGUGGGCUGAAUCCUCAGGGCAGAGAUCAAACCCAGGAAAACGAGGCAUUGCUGGUCCUUUGUGCCUUUUCCCUGCAUGGGCAUUGAGUCCGCAGCAUGUGGUUUCGGCUGGAGCCAUGGACAACAUCCUGCCCUGGAAAACAACGUUCCUUCCAACCCUGUGUGCUGGCUGGGUCCUGCAGGGUCUGCACCCAGCCGUGCCUAACAGAUCCCAGGCAUCAUCCGAGGGGCUGAUGCGUUCCUCAGGCCGCAGGGAGGACACUGCUGCUUCAGGUGAUGCAUCCAGGCUCUUAGUGAGGGGCUUGCACGCCCUCAGUCCGGCCUGGGGUCUGAGGGAGAUGAUCCUAUGGCUCAGAAGGGAAGAAAAUUGCAGAGUGUUUCUGGCAUUUCAAGACAGUUGCUGAUAGCUCAUAAUUCCUGUGCUCGUUAUUAUCUUCUUCAGUACUUGACUGUCAGUUCUUUUCCUGACACUUGGACGCUUCUGUGCCAAGACUGAUGCUGUUUUCAAGCCUUGUGACCGGUCUUAGCCCCUGCCGGGCCUCCAACCACCAAACAAAUGUUUUUUUUUUUGUAGUGAGGGGAUGCUGAGACAGGGGCGAAGCCUCAGCGAGCACGGAGGUUGUGAGGCAAGCCAGAAGCCUGGGGAGGGCUGAUGGAAGCCUGCGGAUUUUUCCAGUACUUUUUAUAACCUUUAGAAGUGGGAAGCGCUUUGGGGGCAGCUUUGGGCUUUGCAGGGAUGUCUGGCAGCCUGGGGGGAUUUCUAACAGCAGCUGCCGGUGGCGGCAGCACCCAAACCCCCUGAAGCAGGGAGCUGUGGGGCACCCGCGGUGUGCUUUGUGCGGGGGGCUCCCGUCUGCUGCGGGGAGAAUUCCGGGGGGACGAGAUGCAACCAGGUGUGUAAGGCUUGUGGUGAUUUUUUUUUUUUACACAACUCAAUAAAAGGAAACCUAAAGCA